UAAAUUAAUUAACUAUGGAAAUUUAAUAAGGUGUUAACUGUACAAUAAUAAUGAUCUUAUUCUCAGCUAUAAAAGGCUUAAUUACAAGGAUAUAUUUAUAUAAUCACUAGCUCUACAUAUAUAUACAUGCAUAUACGCCUUCAAAUUUUACAGACAACCAUUCUCAGAAAUGGCGGUCACACUUUUUCUCCUCGGAUUUCUAAUGGUUCUUGCAAUAUCAGAUGCACAUGAAGGAAUAGGCAUAUGCUAUGGAACACUAGGCAACGAUCUUGUGCAAGCAUCAGAAGUGAUCCAACUUUACAAAACCAUAAACGUCACAAAAAUGAGGUUGUACAACCCGGACGACGUCGUAUUGCAAGCGCUAAGAGGCUCUGAUAUACAACUCAUGCUAGGAGUCCCAAACGAAGACCUUGUGCGCCUCGCUUCUGACACCGACUACUCGUACCAAUGGGUACACCAAAACGUCCAAAACCACUGGCCGGAGGUGAGGUUUCGGUACAUCUACGUCGGCAACGAGAUCAGUCCCUUGAAACCUGACACAACAUGGGUAGCCAAUUGCGUCCUCCCGGCGAUGAGAAACAUUCACACUGCGAUUUUAAAUGCUGGAUUGCAGAACAACAUCAAGGUUUCCACCUCCAUAGACAUGACGUUGUUAAGCAACUCUUUCCCCCCAUCUGAGGGUCAAUUUCACAAUGAAUUGAACUCGUAUAUUCAACCAAUUAUCGAGUUUCUGGGAAGCACUAAUUCGCCAUUGCUCGUCAACGUUUACCCUUACUUCACCCACACGCAAAAUCCGGCUGAUGUUUCUCUUGACUACGCUUUGUUCACUUCCCAUACCGUGGAAGUAUGGGAUGGAGGGUAUGUGUACCACAACCUAUUUGAUGCAAUGCUGGAUGCAACCUAUGCGGCCAUUGCACGUGCCAAAGGGGAUAAUGUGGACAUUGUUGUCUCAGAGAGCGGGUGGCCAUCGGCCGGCGGAGCAGCAGCUACACCGGAGUACGCGAUGACGUAUAACCAGAAUUUAAUCCGCCACAUCAAAGGUGGUAGUGGUACCCCGAGGAGGCCCAACAAGACCAUUGAGACAUACUUGUUUGCAAUGUUUGAUGAAAAUAGUAAAUCUGGAGCCGAGCUAGAGAGACAUUUUGGUUUGUUUUCUCCAAACAAGAUGGCCAAAUAUCCCAUUGAUUUUUAGUGGCUGAAUGAGGAAGUUGAAGAUGUGGCAUCAUCACAAGAGUAUCAACAACUUUGUUCUUAAUUUAGAAAAGCAAAAAAGAAGAAAAACCACUAGACACAGAUUGUAAUUUGUAAGUAUAUUCAAUGGUCUAACUAUUAUGCAUGUGGAUUAUGGAGAACCCAUCCAAACUAGAGAUUCCUUAGCCUCCUGUGGGUAUAUGAUAAUAUAUGGUCAUCAGGUCAUGUAUUGAAGCAUUUCAAACAGGGAACUAGUAACA